AGGAAGCAUGACGUCUUUCAGCCUAUGCAUUUUACUAAGCCUGGUAGUUGCAGUUUACUGUGUACCACUAUCAGAAGUUACUGUGCAGGAUGAGGAUUUUGCAGAGAGCUACCUGAAGAAAUUCUUCAACCUAACAGAGGAGAGCGGUCCGACUGUCCGACGGGGGAUCGGCCCAAUGAGCAAGAAAGUGAGUGAGAUGCAGAGAUUCUUCAGACUCCAGAUCACCGGGACGCUGGAUGCUGACACCAUGGCUAUGAUGAAGAAACCUCGCUGUGGCGUUCCAGACACCCAAACUGCCCGUUACUCCACAUUUGGAAACAACCUGAAGUGGCAGAAGAACAGCCUUACCUACAGGAUUGAGAACUACACACCUGACAUGACCAAGUCAGAGGUGGAUGACUCCAUAGAGAAAGCGCUGCAGGUCUGGGCCAAAGUCACUCCUCUGAGGUUCACAAGGAUCUACAGUGGCACUGCUGACAUCAUGAUCUCCUUUGGCACCAGAGAUCAUGGAGAUUAUUACCCCUUUGAUGGCCCUGAUGGCACUCUUGCUCAUGCCUUCGCCCCAUCUCCUGGCAUUGGAGGAGAUGCUCAUUUUGAUGAUGCUGAGACCUUCACCUUCCGCUCAAAUGCAGGCUACGUCCUCUUCAUGGUAGCUGCCCAUGAAUUUGGCCACUCUCUGGGCUUGUCUCACUCUGAUGAUCCUGGUGCCCUCAUGUACCCUGUGUACUCAUACAGUAACCCUGACACUUUUGUUCUGCCCCGGGAUGAUGUCAACGGCAUCCAGUCUCUCUAUGGCCCAAAUCCUGAUAAGGAUCCCUCUGUAUCUGAACCAAAGCCUCCCAAGACCCCUGAUGCCUGUGAUUCAACCAUGGUCUUGGAUGCUGUCACCACCCUGCGAGGAGAGAUGCUUUUCUUCAAGGACAGCUUCUUCUGGCGUAGCUACCCCCAGAGCAGUACACCUCAGCAAAGUCUCAUCACAAACUUCUGGCCCAGUGCCCCUGUCAAUAUCGACGCAGCUUAUGAGAGCCGAGUGUCAGACAGAGUCCUUCUCUUUAAAGAUCGUAAAGUGUGGGCUUUCACUGGCUAUACUCCAGUACGAGGCUAUCCUAAAACACUUACCAGUUUAGGUCUGCCAAGAAGUGUGAGGAAAAUCGAUGCUGCACUCUAUGACGCACAGUCUCGCAAAACUCUGUUCUUCGUGGGCAACUCUUACUUCAGUUACGAUGAGGCCAGAAGGACGAUGGACCGGGGAUUCCCCAAACGUCUUGAUCAGACCUUCUCUGGACUGACCAACAAGGUGACUGCAGCUUUCCAGUACAGAGGUUUUACUUACAUCUACAGCGGACCGUACAUAUAUGAGUAUAACCUGAGGACUGGGAGGCUGUACCGUGUGUUGAGGAACAGCUACUUCUUACGCUGCACCAACUUCUAGACCAGUUCACCAUCUAAACUGUUUAUAGCCACUCAUGUAGAAUGAGAAUGAAUGUACAACUAACAGUGUCAAAUAAGUGCAUUUGAAAUAUUUAUGAUAUUCUAAAUAGGCUAUUAUAUUUUCAGUAUAUAAUUCUAUUAAAUUCAUUUAUUGCUGUGAACAGAAUAUAAAAAUAA